CCUCGAAUAGGUAUCCCAUGUGAACGAACGACGUCGUCUUUCUGGAUAUCCACAGCAUCGAAUGUGGCCUGCCGAGAAUACCUUAGCUUGCGGGGAUGCGCAGCCGAGAGGAACCUCGAGCCCCUGGUGCGCUGACAGGUCAAUGAGAAUUGCCAAUAUUCGACAUUUAAGGUCGCAUAUCAGCAAAAUAACGUGUGAGACAUGCAGCGAACCAGUCCGACGACAUUGCCUCUUUUUGGGGGGGAAGAAGGAGAAGGAGGAGGGAAAACAAGAAGGGGCAAGGGCAAGGGCAAUGGCAAUGGCGAUAACGACAUGAUCGAUCCUUCAUCUCCUCCUGCUGGGAAAGAGGCUCCUCCCCCGGCCCCCAGCAAAUCGCCCAAAUCUCCCUGGAAUAAUAGCCCGUCGCCUGGGAGAUCGCGACCGCGACCGGGGACCAGUUCGGGUGCUGUUGCUGCUGCUGCUGGUGGUGCUGGUGCUGCUGCUGGCGGAGACGCCAAGUGGAAUCCAAUUCCAAUUCCAGCUCCUCCCUCGCCGUCAGGGGUGCAGGGCCAGGGACACGUUCAGGCACAGCUGGAGGCACAUGCACGGGGGCAACCACCACUACCGCCGUUAAUACCACCACCUCCAUCAUCAUCACCCAGUGCAGCGCAGCACUCGCCAAUCACAUCCGCCAGGCCCAGCAUUAGCCAGGCUAGCGCCAGCACCAACGGGAAUAGCGCCGCUGGCUCGACGCUGCCCCCCAGUCCAAGUCUACAGGUACUACCUCUACCAGAUCCCCGCCAGCACAAGGUCCUCCACAGGGACCCUCAAGAUCCCAACACCCAAGAACGCGAGAAUCGCGAUCGCCAGCCUUCAUUCGGUCGCAAGUCGUCCCUUUCGUCCCUCAUCCACCGACAUCGCCGCGCCGCUUCGUCCCUAUCGACAUCCGGAGCCCCAGGGGGAAAUGGCCCUGGCAGCGGAGCCGCAGCAGUGACGAGUCGAUCCCGCAAACCGUCCCUUCAACCCGUCGGCACCACCACCACCAGCCACAGCUCCUUCAGCUCCAACUCGAUCCCGCCCGUCCCCGGCAUUGCGCUGGCCGCCUCGCGCCUGACCGACGCCGUACGCCCGCCGCCGUCUGCCACCACCGAGACCGUCAACUUCUCGAGGAUGUUGAGCCGCAGCACGCCCACGCCGGUGAAUGGCUUCGGGCCCAGCACCACACAGUUAGCGCCUCCCGCCAUGGUGGCUCCCGGGCCCCAAAGCGAGCUGGGCGAGGUGCACGCGCGUAUACAAGAGACGGCGAACAAGAGGAUAUCAACCUUGGAUUAUCUGCGGAAAGCUCACGAAGGCCGUAUUUACUGGUUCAACACGAUCCUCUUUGACAAACCCGACUUACAGAAGAUGCCUUAUUUUAACAGCACCAAGCUGGGCAGAAGAGCAACCAACUACCUUCUCUUGGGUCUCUCCCUCCCCACCGUUCUCGAUCUCGUCUGCAACAACCCUACCGACUUUUUGCGAAGUCUGAACCACCUCCUAGCUGAGUUCGAAACCUUCCAACAGCUACACUCGGAAAAUGGCACAGCGUCAGCCAGUUCCCUAUCACGGGCCCGCAUCCCGCAAAUGUUCCGACGAGCUACGCCCAGCGCCAAAACAAGACGAGCAAGUAGUGCGACUGGCAUGGGAGGAGGCAGUAGUAACACCACCGUGAACGGAUCCAGCACCCCAGCGAUGCCCAUCCCGCCACCGACAGCGAACGGCAACGACCCUAACGACUUUGGUUACGCUCUUGAAUCCGUCCCCUCCCACACGGGUACUUUUGACGAGUCUAUGCUCACCACCACCACCACAAAUUCGGGCGCGGGAAACACUUCAACUUCGACAGAUAAGACGACAUCAACAAGCAGCAGCGGCAUUCCCUCGUCAACCUCAGCAGUAUCAACCGCCCCCUCGACAACAGCGUCCACCAUUGCUGGCGCCCCAUCCUCGGGUCAGGCCGCACAGCCAACAACGUCAUCCGCUAAUUCCCCAGCACCCAUAUCCUUCUCGCCAGCCGAGCAAACCGAGCUGCUUCCAGGAGAGGAGUACACACACUUACUAACGCCUAAUCUACCGUUCGAUCCGGACUUUUUCGAAACUUUUGCGACAUUGUGUGAUGUUUUAAUCGACACUUAUACGAGGCUACUAUCACUAGUACCCACGCCCAGCCAGUGCAACGGCACGGUGGCCGAGUUGUUCACCAAGGCGGACGCCAAAAUUCGCAAAAUUAUUGUUCAGGGAGUCAUCAAAGAGUUUGAGGAGCAGAGUCGAGCAGGGGUGAGGGCGGAGGUGGGAGCGGUAGGGAGAGUGGUUUUGGGGGGUUUGAUGUGAGUGUUUCUUGUGCGAUGCGUGAUGUUUCUGAUGUUGAUGUUUAUUUUGACGUUGUUUGAUGUGUGACGUUGCCUUUUUUGGGCGAUGGUGUGAUGAUUAUGUUUCUUUCUUGGGCAGGCUCAUGUGUGAAAGGAAAAGUAUUGGGCAGGGCAAAGAGAAUUCAUGGGACCGGGGGCUAUUGUGUUUCAACGCUUUUGGAGUUUCUUUUUGCUUACACUAGCUUCGCGAGAGGUCGUGGUGUGGUUUCAUUAUAUCCUUAUCUGUUACACUAAUUUGUUACUACCCACCUGUCUCACCUACGGACCCAAAAAAGACACACGCCGAGGACGUUUAAGGGGUCUAAAGGGGCCUUGCCAUCCAUCCAUGUCCAUAAUGCAACACAACGCAACCGAACUGCCAUGAAACAACGAUCGAACGAACGACCAACCAUACAAAGUGGAACACCGAGCUAAUUUAUUCCGAUUUCCAAAACACAGGGAAACCGCCCCCUUGGCAGAACGAGCCAAAACCCUAGACAGGGUCGUGGAAAGCAGCAACGAGAGCGGCAGCGGCAAAGGCAGUCACAAGAGCAAGAGGUACUCCUAGGUGGAUGAACCUUCUAAUGUCUCUGAUGAUGACGACGACACUUUUGACGACACCUUCGUUCUUGUCGACAAUGACGACGACGACGAUACUGAAGGUGCAACCGAGGUGAUGAGCCUUGUCGAGGUCCUCGGAUCCAGUCCACCACCUCCCCGUCGGAGGAUGAUCACGGUCGGAACGACCCCGAGGAGCAGUCCUUUUGGCUCUAUUCCCAUCGGUCCUCUUGGUCCUCCUCCGUUGAGGUCACCGAGUUGGGCGAGCCAGGGAAGCAGAACACCGAGUUUGGCUAGGAAGAGCUCCAUGAUGAGCUUUAGGUCGCUGAGGAGGAAGGUUUCGAAUAUGAGCAUUGGUGGUGGCAGUAAAGAUCAAGGGAGUUUGGAGUGAGGAGCGAGGAGUGACGGUUCUGAGUGAUCUUGUCAACCGCUAUAAGGGAUUCGUUCAUCUAUGGGGUGGGGUAUUUGACCCAUCAUGUCUUAACAUUCCCCAAUAUUUUUGUUGUGGAAGGAAAAGCAAGGCAUCAAAGACUAGGACACGUCCAUAAGGACAUACAGUGGGCGGGGUUAAAGGGCAAAGAUGGAGAACCGAACGAGGAAGGAAACAUCAUCAAGUUUCAUUAGAAGAUCAAGAUCAAGAUACCAUUCUGUUAGUUACAUAGUUAGGACUACUUACGUAGUCGAUUCAGACACUUUACUCUGAGUCUUAUAAUGUUUAUAUGGCAUUUAGAAGGA